GUUCUGUUUUGAUGAGCGUUAUGUUCUUUUUUUUCAUGUUGGUUCUGGUUUUCGGCCAGGUCUAUGCCGAGAAUGUGUUUCGUUUUGCAAGCGUAUUUGGCAACCAUAUGGUGUUGCAACAAGCGCCGAAACGCGCAAUUGUGUGGGGUUACGGAGAGAUCGACCAAAAGGUGAAGGUUUUUCAUAAUGGGGAAUGGUUCCGAUCGUUUACUACAACUAAAAUCCAGGGUGAAACAUCGUUUGGAAUAUGGACAGUCAUGCUUACGCCAACAAGUUUUGGUGGCCCAUAUCUUAUCAAAGCAUACUCUAAAGUUAAAGGCGCCACCACCAAUAUUACUUUAAGCGACGUUAUGUUUGGUGAUGUUUGGAUGUGUAGUGGACAGAGCAACAUGGAAUUCACAGUUGUUUCGUCUGACAACGGAAAUGAAGCAAUUAACGAGUCUGCUCAGUACCCGGACAUUCGGUUAUUCACAGCAGAGCGUGAUUGUGAAUCGAUUCCACAAAUUGAAUUGAAAAAAGUCAGAUUACCUUGGUCUCGGGCAUCUCCAGGAGCAUUAGGUGGUCCCGCCUGGCAGUAUUUUUCGGCAGUUUGUUGGUACUAUGGUGUCCAAUUGUACAAAGAGCUAGGGUAUCCGAUUGGUUUGGUUGCCUCAACAUGGGGUGGUACACCGGUGGAGGCAUGGUCCUCACCUGAAGCCCUGGCAACUUGUGGAAUAGCUGAAACAGAGUUUGCAUCCAACAAUUUACACAAAUCUUGGCCAUCAAAUCCGAGUUGUCUUUGGAAUGCAAUGAUCGUUCCUUUCCUUAAUAUGACCAUAUACGGCUCAAUUUGGUAUCAAGGGGAAAGGAACGCUGUGAGCCGAUUAUAUCCUUACAACUGCACUUUCCCUGCCAUGAUUGACGACUGGAGAGCAAAAUGGUAUGCUUCGACGCGAAAAAAUACCAACAAGACGUUUCCCUUUGGUUUCGUUCAGCUUUCAGCAAUAGGUGAUAACACAACUGGGCGGUCGUUCAACUUUGCUCCACUUCGCUGGGAGCAAACGGCGCAUUAUGGCUAUGUUCCUAAUGAUAGAGAGAAGAACGUCUUCAUGGCGGUCGCGAUGGAUCUUGGAAACCCAGAAUCCCCAUAUGAAAGCAUACAUCCAACUGACAAGAGAACCGUGAGCCAUCGUCUGGCGUUAGCUGGAUUAGAUGUAGGGUAUGGAAGGAAGAGGUAUUAUAGUGGACCACUGGUUGAUACAAUCAAGAAACGGACAGAACCACACCACAACCAGGCGCUUGAAGUGACUUUUAAGUUGCUGAAUGCUCAAAUUGAAGUAAGAAGUAACGUUGGAUUCGAGGUUCUCUGUGAAAAUGGCACUGAUUGGCUGGAGGCACCAAUCUUAAUCACGGUCCGUCGUAUGUGA